GCCUGACAGACGUGGUGGCAGGACGCAGGUUGCAGUAGAAGCGGUUGCGUUUGAAAGGAAGGGGGAAGCUAUGGCGCCGCGGCAGCAGAAGGGCGGGAAUUCGGGUCCUGCUAUUGGGAUUGACCUGGGGACGACGUACAGCUGCGUGGGCGUCUGGCAGCAUGAUCGCGUAGAGAUCAUCGCCAACGACCAGGGUAAUCGUACGACGCCGUCCUAUGUGGCGUUCACCGAUACGGAGCGAUUGAUUGGCGAUGCAGCGAAGAAUCAGGCGGCCAUGAAUCCGGCAAACACGGUGUUCGAUGCGAAACGGCUGAUCGGGCGCAAGGUGAGCGACCCGUCCGUGCAGGCGGACAUGAAGUUGUGGCCUUUCAAGGUGGUGGCUGGCAGCGGGGACAAGCCCAUGAUCAGUGUCGCCUACAAGGGAGAGUCCAAGCAGUUUGCCCCCGAGGAGGUAUCGUCGAUGGUGCUGACGAAGAUGAAGGAGAUCGCCGAGUCGUACCUGGGGAAGGAGGUGGGGAACGCGGUGAUCACGGUGCCGGCGUACUUCAACGACUCGCAGCGGCAGGCGACCAAGGACGCGGGCGCCAUAGCGGGGCUGAACGUGCUGCGGAUCAUCAAUGAGCCGACGGCGGCAGCCAUCGCGUACGGGCUGGACAAGAAGGACAAGKCGGGSGGGGAGGCGAACGUGAUGAUCUUCGACCUGGGAGGCGGGACGUUCGACGUGUCGCUGCUGACGAUCGAGRACGGCAUUUUYGAGGUGAAGGCGACGGCCGGGGACACKCACCUGGGRGGGGAGGACUUCGACAACAGGAUGGUUCACCACCUGGUCCAGGAGUUCAAGAGGAAGCAYARGAAGGACAUCACGGGGAGCGCGAGGGCGCUGAGGAGGCUGCGCACGGCGUGCGAGCGCGCGAAGCGCACGCUGUCCACCACGGCGCAGACGACGAUCGAAAUCGAUUCCCUCUACGGGGGGAUCGACUUCUACACCACGAUCACGCGCGCUCGCUUCGAGGAGCUGAACAUGGACCUGUUCCGGAAGUGCAUGGACCCGGUGGAGAAGACGCUGCGCGACGCCAAGAUGGACAAGUCGCAGGUGACGGAGGUGGUGCUCGUCGGCGGCUCGACCCGCAUUCCCAAGAUCCAGCAGCUGCUGUCGGACUUCUUCAACGGGAAGGAGCUGUGCAAGAGCAUCAACCCCGACGAGGCGGUGGCGUACGGCGCGGCGGUGCAGGCGGCCAUCUUGACGGGCGAGACGAGCGAGAAGGUGCAAGAUCUGCUGCUCCUGGACGUGACGCCGCUCAGCCUGGGAAUYGAGACGGCCGGCGGCGUGAUGACGGUCCUCAUUCCGCGGAACUCCACGAUCCCGACGAAGAAGGAGCAGGUCUUCUCCACGUACGCGGACAAUCAGCCGGGCGUGCUGGUCCAGGURUACGAGGGCGAGCGCGCCAGAACGCGGGACAACAACCUGCUGGGCAAGUUCGAGYUGUCGGGCAUUCCUCCYGCRCCGCGYGGCGUGCCCCAGAUCACCGUCRCYUUCGACAUCGACGCCAAUGGCAUCCUGCACGUKAGUGCGGAGGACAAGAGCACCAAGCAGAGGAGCAAGAUCACGAUCACCAACGACAAGGGGAGGCUGAGCAAGGAGGAGAUAGAGCGGAUGGUGAGGGACGCGGAGAAGUUCAAGUCGGAGGACGAGGUGGCGAGGAAGAAGGUGGACGCCAAGAACGGGCUCGAGAAUUACGUGUACAACCUGAGGAACAGCGUGCUGAAGGAUGACAACGUGGCGUCCAAGCUGGACCCGGCAGACAAGGCGAAGAUGGAGAAGAAGGUGGAGGAGGUGAUGGCUUUGCUGGAUCGCAAUCAGCUGGCGGAGCUGGACGAGUUCGAGGACAAACAGAAGGAACUGGAGAGCCUGUGCAAUCCGAUCAUGUCCAAGCUGUAUGCUUCGGCGGCCGGGGCCGGCGGCAUGGGCGGAGGAGGUGCGGGGGUUUUCCCCGCCGGGGGCGCAGCAGCACAUGGCAAGGCGACGGCGGGAGCAGCGGGAAACGGCCCCGUUAUCGAGGAAGUUGACUAAAGUUAAUUGAUUGAUCGAUCUAUGUGUGUUCAAGCACAUGACGACGGUGUUGGUGGUGUGUCGGGACACCACGGACUGUAGGCCCGGGAGCAAUUUUUAUCCUAACGAGGCAUUUGUUCGGAGUCUUGUCUGGCAUGGCUCCUUCUGUACAGCGGCGGCAUUUGUUUCUUACAGGAAAACGUUGUUAUUAGCACACACUUGCGGGGCGCGUCUCAGACCCUCUUGCGUGGAGGGGUUUGGGUUGGGCUGUUCAAAGAGUGGUAUUGUGUUAUUAGGUAGGGACAGGGACACGAGGGAGACGAGGAGAUGUCGAGGGAGAGAGAGACAUCUAACAAUGUGCUUGGAGGUCUGGUUUUGGCGAUCGCUGGCAUCGCCCGUAGUGUACGUAGUGUAAUUUGCCACGUCGGCGAGGCGUCUGUGUUCAAGAUGGAUCGCUGUUCUAUUGGGCGAUGAUUUACAAUUUCGAUCACACGCACUGCCACCAUAUUGAGCGGCUGUUUUAUUCUGUCGAACCAGAUCGAGGGAGGGAUAUCGUCCGGAGAUCCUGGCGGCAAUCAACGGCGGCAGAGCGAGCAUCUCAAUUCUCGAAUUGAAAGGGAACGGAGUGCAGGCAGGUUAUACUUUAGACAGGAGGCUCGUUGGUAUGUUUGUGGCGAGGAAUAAUAGCAGUGGCAAGAGGUUGAUUUGUAUCUUUGUAAUUAUAAUGACUAUCAUUCAUUUUGGCGGAAUUCUCAAUGUGCAGGGCUGUGAUGAUGGGUCGAGUUCUAUCUGCUUGCCUCUGUUGUCCUUUUUACUAUUUUUCUCUUUCUUUCUCUCGUUCGCCUUUUCUCUCUUUCUCUCUUUUCUCUUCACAUUUUCUCUCUUUCCUUUGCCCCUUCCCCCUACGCCUGAGUCGUAACCGCUUGCUGGAACUCAAACGCACCAAUAAAGAAAUUCACCACGA